AUGAUACUAACUGUAGGUGUUGAUUCAAUCUUUGAGAUAGGAUGGAUUAAUAGAGAGAUUCUUCCGCAUUCGAAACAAUCAUUCAAUGUAUUAUUAGUUAUUGGCAAAUAUACAAGAAUUCCACCUAUAAUAAAGCUCGAUGACUUGGAAACAUUCAGAAUCAAAGAUGACACUGUCACUGUAACUGGAGAAUAUUCUUCAAUCUAUGAUGAUAGCAUAAUUACACUUAAGUACAAGUAUGGAGAUACAGACACAGAACAUACUGUUGAGCAACAUUCUGUCAAAGAAAAUGGAAGUCAAAAGCAUUUUUCAUUCGAUUUUAUUGCUGGACCAGAAAGAACAAAGAAUUUGAUUGUUUGGGUUGAAGAUGAAGAUCAUAGAAAGUCCGAAGAAGUGAGCAAAGAAAUAACAGCAAAUGUAAUUCCAACUAUUUCCUUUGCAAAAGAACCAGUAAAGACAUGUUUGAUUGGGGAUGAAAUUCCCUUCGAAAUUCAAGUAAAUGAUGAUAAAAGCGCAAAAAUAACAUAUGAAUUUGGUGGAAAAAAGUUUGAAGAAGAGGAAUUCACAAUACUUGAGAACACCCCACAAACUAAGAAGUUCACAUUGAAUACAAAGGAGUUGGAUGAAGGCAAAUACAAACUUGCAAUUACUGUUGUUGAUAAUGAUAAUUGUAAAUGCAAGA